AUGAAAUUGCCAGAAAUCAGGGCAGAGGACAAUGCUACCACUGUGACACAGUUUCUCCUGCUGGGAUUUUCAGACCUUCCCAACCUGCAAGGGUUUCUGUUUGGGAUGUUUUCCAUUAUUUACAUAAUCAUCUUGAUUGGAAAUAGUUUCAUAAUUGUCAUAACUAGAAUUGAUCCUGCACUACAAAAGCCCAUGUAUUUUUUCCUGGCAAAUUUUUCUUCUCUGGAAAUCUGUUAUGUAUCAGUCACACUUCCUAGGAUUCUGUUUAACAUUGCUGCUCAAGACAGACAUAUUUCUGUCCUUAGGUGUGCCACACAAAUGUGUUUCUUCCUUAUACUGGGAGCCACUGAGUGUUUCCUGCUGGCUGUGAUGUCCUAUGACCGCUAUGUGGCCAUCUGCAACCCUCUGCACUAUCCUCUGGUCAUGAACCCAACAAAGUGCACUCAGCUGGCAGCAGGCUCCUGGCUGGGAGGUAUCCCUGUCCAGAUAGGACAAACCUGUCAGAUAUUCUCUCUACAUUUUUGCAAUUCUAACAAAAUCAACCACUUCUUCUGUGACAUACCUCCCAUUCUCAAGCUGGCCUGUGGAGACACUUCUAUUAAUGAGCUGUCUGUCUAUUUAGUGGCUAUACUCUUUGCUGCAGUCCCUUUUAUGUUGAUACUUGCUUCUUACAGCAAAAUCAUUGCCACCAUUCUGAAGUUGCCAACAGCCACCGGACGGGCAAAAGCAUUCUCAACAUGUUCUUCCCAUUUGCUUGUUGUGUUUUUGUUUUUUGGAUCAGCUACUGUUACCUACUUGAGGCCUAAGUCCAACCAUUCUCCAGGAACUGACAAAUUGUUCUCUCUAUUUUACACUAUUGUGACUCCCAUGUUAAAUCCACUGAUAUACAGCCUUAGAAACAAGGAGGUGAUCGCUGCACUGAGAAAGCUGCUACCUAUAAAGUAG